GUCACACUUAACAUUCAACAGCUAAAUGGAGGAGGACACUGGCUCUAGCGUGGUAACCAAUGCGUCCAACCAAACCCACUCAAAGUCCAUGCGCUUGGGCAUGUGCGAGGUGUGUGCCGCCAAAGAAGCCCGUUACGCUUGUCCCAAAUGUGAGGUGAAAACGUGUUGCUUAACCUGCGUCCAGAUCCAUAAGCGUGAGCUUAAAUGUGACGGCAAGCGGGAUCGCACGAAAUAUGUACCACUUAACGAGAUGACUGCCAGAGAGUUCAUGAGUGACUAUUGCUUUCUCGAGGAGUGCACACGCUAUGCGGACAAUCGUAAAAGUGAUCCCAGCAAACGUUUCACGCAACAUCAGAGAAUUCUGCCUGUGCCGCAGCAUCGCAUGAGAUUGGCGGCCCACAAACGACGCACACGCCUACAAUUCUUGUUACCCAAUUUUAGUCGCCAUAAGGAGAAUACAACAUAUUUAGAUUGGAAGUUAGGACGUCUCUAUUGGCGCAUUGAAUGGCUUUUUGUUGAUCCCCAUGUUUUAGGUGAGAGUCCAACGGUUGUACGCUUAAUAGAUGAGCGAUGCGACGAGGAAUUGCCUCUGGCCGCAUUAUUGAAAGAGUAUAUCGAUGGGCACCAUGACAUCCCGCGGGAGCAGCGCAAACUGCUACAGAAUCAUCAAACUGCUGGUUUAGGUCAAAUAACCACCUGGCUGAGGGCCGAAGGCAUCAGACGAUGUGGAUCACGUUGUUAUGCCUUAUCGAUGGCCCAAACGCUGCGAGAGAAUCUCGGGGAUAAAACAAUUUUGGAGUUUCCCACUAUUUUGGUCAGCUAUGAGGCAACUCCCCCGCCUGGUUGGACCAUGGUAGACAGUGAUGAUGAAGAUGAAACUUCAGAAAUUGUCAAUGACAGCGAAAAAGCAAAUGCUACAAACAAAAGGCUGAAAGUUGAGGAAGAAACACAGGAGACGCCGGCCCCUGAACUCCAAGAUAUAUAUGAGCAAUUGGUAAAAGACUUUGCUGCAGAUGAUUCAGACGAUUCCGAAGUCAACAGUGAUCAUGACGUGGAAAGCUAGUAUCUUAGAUUCCUCUAUCAAGUGGGCAAAAUCAAUCUAGAUCAGAAAAGGCGAUCCCAAAGAUGAAAGGAUUUUUACUCAACCAAAAGAGGAGUUAAUUCGGUUUCAACAAUCUAUCUGCAUCGUUCCAUACAUUCUAUGGCAUGGAUUUGACCGUUGAAUUCAAGAGGUUAAUCGAUGAUAUCAAUAGACCUGGAUCAUUUAAGCAAAAAGUUUUAAACAGACUUUAUGUGCAUAUAAGAGCCAAUUUAAAAUAAACUAUUUUUAAGCCAAACUGGCAUUGUGUCGCCAGCAAUCAAUAAUCUGUUUUUAGUUAAUAAAGUAAUCUGACAUCAUACAAUUACAA